AUGCCCCAAUUUCACUCUCCACCCCCCAAAACAACCCGCUAUGCCCUCGCCUUCCCCAGCCCAGGCAUCCUCCUGGUAACCAUCACGCGCGAGAAGCGCAUGAACUCCAUCGACACCCAGGGCCACUGGGAGGGCGAUGCCCUGUGGGCCUGGUUCGACGACGAGCCCUCCAUGCGCGUGGCCAUCAUCACCGGCGCCGGGACAAAAGCUUUCUCCGCCGGCGCCGAUCUCCUCGAGCAGCACGACCGCGCCCAAUCCGCCGAGGACGAGGACCGCGUCGCGAAGCCCGUAGGCAUGCCGCCGAGCGGCUUCGCCGGCAUCAGUCGGCGGCGGGGGAAGAAGCCCAUCAUUGCGGCGGUGAAUGGAUUUGCACUUGGUGGGGGGUUUGAGAUCUGCCUGAACUGGUACCAGCCCUUCCUUGUUUUAUGGAACGCUUCCGGUUGA